AUGACCCUGUCGGGCAGCUUGAGCGCCAGCGACAUGUCCGGCCAGACGGUGCUGACGGCCGAAGAUGUGGACAUCGACGUGGUGGGCGAGGGGGACGACUGCUUGGAGGAGCGGGGCGGGGGCAGCGAGGCUGAAGGCGGCGGCGGCAGCCCGAGCGCAGGGGCAGCCGCCUCGGCGUCUUCGGCGGCGGGGCUGCCGGUUCCGCUCUCCCUGGACGAGGCGGCGGAGCUGCUGAUGGACAAAGAGGCGGCGGAGGCGACGAGCUCGGGCCGGCAGCCCGGUCGUCGACGAGAAGGGCGGCGAGGAGGGCUCGGCGGCGGCGGCGGCGGGCGCCCGUCCGGGGCCGUGGCGGCGGCGGCGGCGGCGGCUGCUGCCUCCAGUGGCGGCAAGCCCAAGAGCAGCCUGGUGAAGCCGCCCUACUCGUACAUCGCGCUCAUCACCAUGGCCAUCCUGCAGAGCCCGCAGAAGAAGCUGACGCUGAGCGGCAUCUGCGAGUUCAUCAGCAACCGCUUCCCCUACUACCGGGAGAAGUUCCCGGCCUGGCAGAACUCCAUCCGCCACAACCUGUCGCUCAACGACUGCUUCGUCAAGAUCCCGCGCGAGCCGGGCAACCCGGGCAAGGGCAACUACUGGACGCUGGACCCGCAGUCCGAGGACAUGUUCGACAACGGCUCGUUCCUGCGGCGCAGGAAGCGCUUCAAGCGGCACCAGCAGGAGCAGCUGCGCGAGCAGACGGCGCUCAUGAUGCACAGCUUCGGCGCCUACAGCCUGGCCGCGGCCGCCGCGGCCGCCGCCUCCGCCGCCGCCUCCUCCGCGGGCCCGUACGGGCGCGCCUAUGGGCUGCCGCACGGCGCCUACCCGCACCCAGCCGCCGCCGCCGCCGCCCUGCAGUACCCCUACAUCCCGCCGGUGGGGCCCAUGCUGCCGCCCGCCGUGCCGCUGCUGCCGUCCAGCGAGCUGAGCCGCAAAGCCUUCAACGCGCAGCUCAGCCCCGGCCUGCAGCUGCAGCUCAGCGGCCUGGGCGGCGCGGCGGCGGGCGGCUCGGGCGCCGUCAAGGCCGAGCCCAGCAGCCGGCCCUCCUUCAGCAUCGAGAACAUUAUCGGCGGCGGCGGCGGCGGCGGCGGCGGGCCGGCCGCCAGCUCGUCGGGCGCGCAGGCGUUCCUGCGGCCGCCCGUCACCGUGCAGUCGGGCCUGCUGGCGCACCAGCCGCUCUCCCUGGCCCGGAGCACGGCGGCCAUCGCGCCGAUCCUCAGCGUGCCUACGAACAUGAUCUCGGGACAGUUCUUGCAGCCCGCCGCCUCGGCCGCGCCGGUCCAGGCCAAGUGGCCGGCGCAAUAG